CCUGUUGCUCUGUGCAUCCUGUUGUUGCUUGUUAGGACGUCCAUCAAAUGCGUGCAUUUCCUGCCUUUCCCGGCUCCGGACAGUCACAGCUGUCUGCAGCCACACUUGCCUGAGAGGCUCAGGCACCAGCCUCCAUCAACUCUCCCAUUCGGACUCUGAACCGGCCAAGCCUUUUGGGCCAGCCCCAGUAGACGGCCGAGGCCUGUCCAUGGCGGGAUGCCUGGAGAUGGAGGCGACCAAUGGUUCGGAGGGUGGCUUGGAGUUCAACCCUAUGAAGGACUACAUGAUCCUGAGCGAUGCCCAGCGGGUGGCUGUGGCCGUGCUGUGUACCCUGGUGGGUCUGCUGAGCGCCCUGGAGAACGCGGCUGUGCUCUAUCUCAUCCUGGCCUCCCAGCGGCUCCGCAGGAAGCCCUCGUACCUGUUCAUUGGCAGCUUGGCUGCGGCUGACUUCCUGGCCAGUGUGAUCUUUGCCUGCAACUUUGUCAUUUUCCACGUCUUCCACGGUGUUGAUUCCAAGGCUGUCUUCCUGCUGAAGAUUGGCAGCGUGACCAUGACCUUCACGGCCUCGGUGGGCAGCCUGCUGCUGACGGCCAUCGACCGAUACCUGUGUCUGUGCUACCCACCUACCUACAAAGCCCUAGUCACCCGUGGGCGGGCACUGGUGGCCCUCUGUGUCAUGUGGGCCCUCUCGGCACUGAUCUCCUACCUGCCGCUCAUGGGAUGGACCUGCUGUCCUAGUCCCUGCUCUGAGCUGUUCCCACUCAUCCCCAAUGACUACCUGCUGGGUUGGCUCCUGUUCAUUGCCAUCCUCUUCUCUGGUAUCAUCUACACCUAUGGGUAUGUCCUCUGGAAAGCCCACCAGCAUGUAGCCAGCUUGGCUGAGCACCAGGACAGGCAGGUGCCUGGGGUAGCUCGGAUGCGGCUUGAUGUGAGGUUGGCCAAGACCCUGGGGCUGGUACUGGCUGUUCUGCUCAUAUGCUGGUUCCCUGCACUGGCUCUCAUGGGCCACAGCCUGGUCGCCACGCUCAGUGACCAGGUCAAGGAGGCCUUCGCCUUCUGUUCCAUGCUGUGCCUUGUUAACUCGAUGGUUAAUCCUAUCAUUUAUGCCCUGAGGAGUGGAGAGAUCCGCUCUGCUGCCCAGCAUUGCCUGGCAAGCUGGAAAAAAUAUCUACAGGGCCUCGGGCCUGAGGGGAAAGUAGAAGCCCCGAGGUCCUCAGUUACAGAGACAGAGGCUGAUGUGAAAACCACGGCGGAGCCAGGGGCUGGAACUCCAGGCUGCUCCAAUUGCUGAAGGCACUUGUUUUCCUAUUGGAAACAGCCUGAGUCAGAAACCAGUUCACUCUCCUGAAGAGAGAGGGGUCCCAGACCCGGAAUCUUUCUGAAGUCAGCUCUAGGGUACCUCUUUUUGCCAAGAAGUGCUCGGUUUCAUGGCUGGAGGGUAGCCUGGUCAUGUCUACCUGCACAGUCUGUGGAGAGUGAGGCCUGUAAGAAUGGCAGGGUUUGUUCACAGCAGAUCAGGAAACCCUCCUGACUCCAAAGACCAAGAAGCCAGAGGAGCCUCCAGGGAUGGUAAUAAGGGACUCAGAGGAGACCUGAGAAGACAGGGGACCUGUUCUCCUGGGACCUCAGAGGAGCCUGGACAGGUGGCCACUGCCCACAACUUCCUCAGUGUCCAUGUCUUCCAUGCUGUGGAUUCCAAGCUGUUCUCCUGCUGAAGAUUGAUAGUGAGACCAGCUGGUUCUGGCUCCUGCUUCAUUGUCUGGGAUUCUGUGUCUGUAGAACAUGAGAGGCUCCACCCUGAGGCUGCCCUUAUCUCUUAAGGAUCAAGAAUUAUGAUGUGCUGGGGAUCAAGGAUGUUGCCACACCUCUUUCAGACAGAGUCACGAGCCAUCAGCUCAGGAUAUCUUGUUGGGAAAGGGCCCUCCUGACAUGCCGAUAAGACUUGAAGUCAUUAGGGCUUUAGGUCCCUGGGGACCCAGAGGAGGCAAGGUUCUCUGGAGGUGAAGAGUCUUCAGAGAACUGUGCUGACCUGUGACAUUCUGCAGUGCCUGGCCCCGCUCCAGUAAAAAGCAAGAUAUUUACAAGGACCCUCUGGGUGCUAGACUGUUCCCAGGGAUGCUCAGCUCAGCCCCCUUGCUCUUCCACACUCUGGUCCUGCAGCAGAAGCAGAAGGAGUUGGGGAGGGAAGACUUCCAGCUGUGGACCAGGCACAGGCUGACAUCCUAUGUCCACAGCCCCUGGCUGUGUGCCAGGGUACCUGAAUUUUACCUUCAUUCGCAACAGAGGUGGGUUCAAGAGACUGCUGGUGGCAGGAGGGGACCACAGACACAGUGAAGGGAAAGCUAUCUGCUAAACAUGUCAUUUAGCACUCCCCAAACAACGUGCUCCCUGUCCACUUACUCUUUCACCUGCACCAUAAAUGUGUGUGUGCUGGGCUUUGUGCUGGGUCCUGGAUAUCCAGCCAUAAAGGAGACAGACCCUGUGUGGGGCUUUGCAGUCUACAUUCUGGUAAGAGUUAGUAACAGCCAGGCAUGGUGGAGCACACCUGUAAUCCCAGCCCUCAGGGAGGCAGAGGCAGGUGGAUCGCUGUGAGUUCAAGGCCAGCCUGGUCUACAGAGUGAGUUCCAGGACAGCCAGGGCUACACAGAAAAACCCUGUCUCAAAAUAAAACAAAACAAAACGAGUUAGAAAAGCUGAGCCUGGUGACACAGACCUGUUAAUUCCAGCUUCUUAAAAGGCUGAGGCAAGAAGAUCCUAAAUUCAGAGCCUGCCUGAGCUACACCUGGAAUUCAAGUUCAACUGAGGCAAUUUAGUGGAACCCAGUGUAAAAAUAAAAAACAAAAAGCUGGAGCUGUGCAUAGUGGUGCACAAACACAAUCCUAGUGUUCAGGUAGACUUGCUGAAGGUUUAAGGCCAGCCUUACAUAAGUGUAGGAGCUUUAGGCUGCACGUAUGUCUGUAUGUGCCAGCAGGGGCCAGAAGAUCCCUUAGAACUGGUGUUCCUAGACAGUUGUGAGCCGCCAUGUGGGUGCGGGAUGCUGAGAAUCAAACCCCAUUCCUCUGGAAGAGCAGCCAGUGCUCUAUGCCUCAAGCGGUCUCCCAGCCCCGAAUCCAGCUCUCGAGCACUUUCUACUUUGGCUUUUAGUUGAGAGGCGGAGUUUAUGAAGGAGAAGAUCAAGUCAAGGGCCCUGGGUAUAGAUGAGAAAUAGCCUUGUUUAGCUGAUGACCCGGCCAGCAGAAGCUAACCCCAUUGCUCAGAGAAACUAUCAAGGAGCUGUCCAGGGCAAAAUAAUUAAUUAAUUGAUUGAUUUAAUUAAUUAAAAAAAAUCAGGCUUCCUAAUUAUGCGGGUCCACCCACUCUGCCAUCGACCCUCCCACAGGCCUCUGCAAGAUGACAUUUUGGUUCCUCUGUUCAGGUCAUGGUGUCCUAGUUCAUUCUUCCCAAGACAAGUCCUGUGCAUCAAAGCCACUGCAAGUUCUAAUCGCUGUUUGGGAGGAUGAGGGAGAAGUUGAUUUUUUAUUUUAUUUUAUUUAACUUUAUUUUAUGUGCAUUAGCAUGAAGGUGUCAGAUCCCUUGGAAUGGGUAUUACAGUCAGUUGUGAGCUGCCAUGUUUGUGCUGGGAAUUGAACUUGGGUCCUCUGGAAGAGCAGACAGCGCUCUCAACCACUGAGCCAUCUCUCCAGUCCCCGAUUUUUUUUUUUAAGUCAUCUAUGCUUAGUGUUUUAGACCCUAUUUCAACAUAAACCUGGGAAGAAACAGAAAAUACCCAUGUUUCCUUAUUACUCCCCAAAGGAGGAAGUGCUUGGUUCUGUCAGCAUAAGCCCAGGUUUCUCCAAGGUGCCAGACAGAGUAGGUGGAGGUUGUGUUUCUGGAGCUGUGGAUGCUGGCACUACCCUUGGCCCAGGCGUGCUGUGAUCUCAGGCAGCCCCAGGCCCCUUUCCUCGCCUUGGUUUCCUUCUCUGUAAACUGGGAAAGGUUUUAAAACCAUCAAGGGCCACUAAAACCUUUUGCUGCUCUAACACGCUGAGGUUGUCUCGGCAACCGUGGAGAGGUUGGGCCCCAAGGACCGUAUGACUUCUGGCUUGCAUAUUUCCUGCAGCUAUGGACACACACACACACACAUACCACUGGGCGUGGUGACCUGCCAGACGAGCUUUGCAGAUACUUCUGGGGCAGGAAGGUCUCUGGGCUCUCCAUUUUCUGGUCCUGGUAUUCUAAAAAGCGUGCCUCAAGGGCCCCCUGUGUGGGAGUCAGGCGUGGGAGUUUAGUGGUGCCGGGUUGAACCCAAGACCUUCCCACAGGCCAAGCAGGUGUCCUACUCCUGAACUACCUUCCAGGGUCAGGUUUUCUUCAGUUAGAGGCUAAGCUCUCUGAGAGUCCCUCAAGGGAUUUGGGGUUCAGCUCAGCCAGUGCUUCCUUCGCGUGGGCAAUUCCCUCGCCAGUACUGCAUAAAACCGCGAAGGGUGAUGCUACCCUCACUCGUGAGGUAGGAGUAGGAGGAUCAGGAAUGCAAGGUCAUCCUAGCUGUAACGUCGAGGCUAGCCUGAGCCGUACGAGCCCCUCUGACCUCAAAAUAAAUUUAAAUUAAAUUAAAA